UGGAGGGUCGCAAGCACUAUGGCGUCCCCGGCCCAGCAGGCGCCUCAGCCCGCAGGCGGGAAGCGGAAAGGCAAAGCGCAGUACGUGCAGGCCAAGCGAGCCCGGCGCGGCGAUGCGGGCGGGCGGCAGCUGGAGCCCGGGCUGCAGGGUAUCCUCAUCACCUGUAACAUGAACGAGCGCAAGUGCGUGGAGGAGGCCUACAGCUUGCUCAACGAGUACGGCGACGACCUGUACGGGCCCGAGAAGUUUCCAGACAAGGAUCAGCAGCCCUCUGGAAGUGAGGGAGAAGAUGAUGACGUAGAGGCUGCCUUGAAGAAAGAAGUUGGUGACAUUAAGGCUUGUACAGAGAUGAGACUAAGAAGAUUCCAGUCAGUGGAGAGUGGAGCAAAUAAUGUAGUCUUUAUCAGGACACUUGGGAUAGAACCUGAGAAAUUGGUACAUCAUAUUCUCCAGGAUAUGUACAAGACCAAGAAAAAGAAGACCCGAGUUAUUCUACGAAUGUUACCCAUCUCAGGCACGUGCAAAGCUUUCUUAGAAGACAUGAAAAAAUAUGCAGAAACAUUUUUGGAACCCUGGUUUAAAGCUCCAAAUAAGGGGACAUUUCAGAUUGUAUACAAAUCGCGAAAUAAUAGUCACAUGAAUAGGGAAGAAGUUAUCAAAGAGUUGGCAGGGAUAGUAAGCAGCCUCAAUACAGAAAAUAAAGUGGAUCUCACUAAUCCGCAGUACACAGUGGUUGUAGAAAUCAUUAAAGCUGUCUGUUGCCUGAGUGUUGUGAAAGAUUACAUGCUGUUUAGAAAAUACAACCUUCAGGAGGUAGUAAAGAGUGCUAAAGACCCAUCACAGCUUCACCCAAAGCUGGGCAAUGGGAAAGAAGCAAAAUUGGAACCUGACAAAAAAUUGAAUCAAAAUGAUCCAGCAGACGGAAAAAAUGACCAGCAGGUGGCACCAGAGAACAGUGAGGAGGUAGGGCCGACAGAACCCAGAUCUGAGUCACUCUUGGAGAAUGAGGGAGGAGAUAAACCAGAAAUUGUGAAUCCAGUCUCAGAAGGAGCCAACUCAAAUGAAAAUGACCUCUCAUAGGAGGUCACAGUGCUGGAGGUGGGUUUCUCAGCCAGGGUUCUGGGGUUUCAUGUAAAAUUGUAACAAUAUAUUUUGACUUCUGCGUGCUGCUCAGUGCUGCUCUCACAGUACUAAACAGUGAACUCUCAGCCCUGCUGACACUUCUGUUAGCGUCCUCUCAGCUCUGUCAGCAGUUUUUUUCAGGUCUGUGUGCUAUUACACAAGGGGAAGGUGGUAAUUAUUAUACAGGAGAAGGAUACUGGCCUUUUCCUCUUGAUUAUCUUCCCCAGUUCCCUGUAGGAACUGCCAAAUGAUGGAUGGGGAUGAACAGUAGCUAAAAAGUAGGAAAUCCCAGGGAAGUGUCCUUCAUUCUGAGAAGCUUAGAUACCACCACUCAGCUGUGCCCUGCCACUCCAUUUUAAACACUGCAAAAUGGGAUUGUGUAAGUUAAAAGAAAAGUGAGUUAUUUUUGAUGGUUUUGAGUUUUCAUUGUUAUAUUUUAGUAUUAACAUUUGUAUAAGCAAAUCUGAUGAUUUAUUGCUGCGAAUAACUGAAUCCAGGUGUGAGGUUAAAGAGGACCAUUUGAGACAGGCUUAUGGACAUUUCUGAUAAGAUUAUUGAGAAAGAAUCAGCCUUCUGAAUCACUUCCAUAUAUGAGUACAAAAGGAAUACCAAGCAACUUUGUUUUGACAUUAAAGCUACUUCACAGGGUUUCACUUGUCCAAGCAUUUCUGUUACAUUGUGCAGACUGUGGCUUGUAGCUAUAUAUCUAGUAGUUACUCCAGCAUAUAAACCAGUUAUUUGCCAAGAAUGUUUCUUACUUUAAGUAGCUUUUGGACUAGCAAAAUAAAGUUUUUCUUAAAAAAAGACAUUGACUAAGAAAGUUUAGGCAGCAAAUUACUUUCAAACAGAUCUAGGAAAGAAUUGGUAAGAACUACACAUUAAAUUGCUGGGACAAGCACAAGAUUUGAAACAACUUUAUUGUCAGUUUAAUAAGCUGAUGUACACAUGAUACUAAAGAAGUUUUGUGUAAUUAUGUUAAAAACAGCAGCAGUUAAAAUCCACCUGGGUUGAUGAGUCAAUAGAGUUAACAAAUAAUGUAUAAAUGACCCAAUUAAAACAACUUUUUUUGCUCAAACUCUCCCACAACAGUAUGUAUUUAAUGCUGUUUGUUUGUUUUUUUUCUUUUUUUCCCGAGGUAGGGUCUCACUUUAGGCCAGGCUGACCUGGAAUUCACUAUGUAGUCUCAGGGUGGCUUUCAGCUCACAGUGAUCCUCCUACCUCUGCCUCCCUAGUGCUGGGAUUAAGGGCAUGCGCCACCAUCCCCUGCUCCUGUGCUGUAUUUUCAUACUUGAAAACCAAUGGUCCAUCAUACUCUUGGAACUCUGUCAGUAGUUGGCCCCAUAGCAGUUUUGCUUCAUUAAAAGAAAAAAAAAUCUAGGGCUUAGAAGAUGGCUUAACAGUUAAAGGCACUUGCAAAGCCUUCAGGCCCAGUUUCAAUUCCCAAGCCACCCACAUAAGCCAGAAGCAAAAGUAGUGCAAGCAUCUGGUAUUUGUUUGCAAGUACCAGAGAGACCCUGGCUCACCCAUAAAUGCACACAAAUUUAAAAAUUCUGAUAUUAAUAUUUAGUCCUCACUGCUUUGUACACAGAGAUACUGACUUCAAAAAUCUGAAGAUGAUAUGAAAAAAGAAAGCUUAGAAAUGCUACAGUGUUUAGUUUUAUUAAAAGA